GCGUGUGUGUGCGUGUGUGUGCGUGGGGUGGGACAGACUGUGUUUGCAAUAUGAGCGCUGACGGUCUUCAGUCCGCCCUGAAACGUCGUCGAUACGCGCCGGUGUGUGGUUGUAGUGCCUAUGGAAAACACCUCUACAGAUCACUACAGAUGCCAUGACAUCGUUGACGUGGAGUCCGGGAAACCCCUCACCUCGGCGGUGAUGUUCUCGGCUGGUGUGUUGGGUAACAUCGUGGCUCUGGUGCUGUUGGAGGUCCGGCGCAGGAAGAGCAGUGCGUCCCUGUACCAUAUCCUGGUGACUGCGCUCCUUCUGACGGAUCUUCUGGGCUCCGUGUCUGUCAGCCCCGUGGUUCUGUCAGCUUAUGCUCAGAAGAAAACUCUGGUGGGGAUGAGUGCCAACAAGGAAAUGUGCUCCUACUUUGGCUUCAGUAUGACCUUCCUAAGCCUCUCCACGCUGGCUCUCUUGUGCGCAAUGGCGCUUGAGCGCUACCUCUCCAUAGGCUACCCCUAUUUUUACGAAGAGCACCUGAGCAAACGCUGUACUUAUAUCACUCUUUUGCUCAUUUACAUAAGCAGCAUCAUUUUCUGCAUCCCUCCCCUCCUGGGUUUCGGUGCAUAUGUGCAGUACUGCCCAGGGACAUGGUGUUUUCUGGAGAUGGGACACACGGAUGGAACGGAUAAAGUUUACAUCGGAUUGUAUGCGUCAUUCAUCCUCCUUAUAAUCUCCACCACGAUUGCGUGCAACAUAUAUGUUAUUUACCUCCUGGUGAUGAUGCACAGAAGGGGCAAAAUGCGUCGUUGCGGCCGCAGAUCUCGCUCCAUGACGGAGGAAUUGGCGCAUCUCCUGCCGCUUGCCUUGGUCACUGUGUUCUACAUCUGCUGCACCUUCCCUUUAGUGAUCCGGGUCUACAUCAAUCUCACUGGCAGCCAUGAGGAGUGUCAUGCAGCUGACCUCAGAGCUCUCCGUUUCCUGUCACUUCACUCCAUCAUUAAUCCCUGGGUCUUCAUCAUCCUCCGCCCAUCGGCUCUGAAAAUCAUCUGGAGGAAGUUGCAGAAACUGCAGACAUCCACAUCGACUGGUCAGUCCACAGAAGCAGCAGGUGAGAGGAACAUGAGGGCAACAGCGAAACCUUCACAUGAUGAGCACACCCUCCACAGCUGGGGCGAAAUGCCUGUAGUUGGUAUCACUGCAGGAACUCCUGGCCUGGCCUCAACGUGUAAAUCGACAAAUUAGCUGUUCGUCAUGUGAAAGUGGUUCUCCUGCAUACGGAGCUCCAAAAGUCAAUGUUAAAACUCACCAAGUGAAACCACACACAACGGCAGUUUCUUCUCUGCAGACAUUUCCACAAUAUAGCAACUUGUGGUGUAGAGCUCUGAGUUUCUCCUCUGUACGUCAUCUGGAGAAUCUCAAUGUUGAUUGGCUAUUGUGUCAAAUUUCAACUGGAGCGAUAUUUGCGACAAUCUUGUCUUCUCACCUGUGUGCAUUGACUUUGUUUGUAAACUCAUCACGUGACAAAUGUGAGUCCUAUGUGAACACAACAUAAGGCCAAGCUGCACUUUCCACACCCUCUGCUGCACGACCCCAAUAUAACGCCAAACUCCGUAUAUCUGAACUUGAAUUUUGGACUUUCUUCCCCAAGCUCAAAUUUUGAAUGCAAGUGACAGCUCUACUAAAGACUGUUCUUUUUGUAUUUUGUCCUUGACUUCCAACUACUCUGCAUUUCACCAAAAAGUAGUAAAACAAGCCCAAACAGUGCUUGUAGAGUUACCUCAAAUAUAAUCACCUAACACCAGCAGCCAUGGCAUUAGUGGACAGUUUAAAAAUGCCUGUGAUUUUUGAAUAAAUGCAACAUAAAUAUCAAAUAUCAACAGCCACACACUCACAAUACUUUAGUACUGAUCUAUGAAGAACUGGUACCAACUGCAUCUCUUCCAAACGUGCUGUAAUCAGUUCAAACAUGAUCAUAACUAACAUCUCUUUGGUUCAGAGUGGGGAGCUCAGUUUGCUAAAUGGUUGAUUUUCAUGGAAUCCAAUGAGGUUCAGUAAUAUGUUGAGUGUGUUAGGGUUAUGAUGCUGUCAUCUCCUUUUGUAUGAAUGUAUAUUUUCUUGUGUCCAUGUAUAUUACGCAACACAUGUGUUUGUGUAGAGAAUUAAUGUGUCAUUCAAAUUUGUGCAAGAAUAUUUUGAAACUGAGGUUUCACAAACUCCUCAGGGGAAAUGAAAAGCAACUGAUCGCACAUUAAAGCAAAGUGACUUGAGCUUCAAAGCUGCAAUAGUUGAUUUUUUAUCUGGAUCACAGCUCUGCCCUGAGCUCCAAGUGGUCUCAAUACACACAAUACACAAUACAGGGGAUGUGUGUGUGUGUGUGUGUGUGGGGGGCUAACUAAGGCACAACACUUACUGUAAGCUUCAGUGUGUGACCAGUGUGCCAUUUUUGUAUGUGAGUCUCACUCUCUCAACAUUGUGGAUAAUUGAAAUCCAUAUAUGAACCACUGAACUGACCUGCAUGUGCUUUCAUGGUGCAUAGAUGUACGAGUUUGGAAAAAUCAGAAAUCAGAAACACACACAAACACGUGUGUAGAAAUAUACACACACACACACACACACACACACACACGUGAGCAUUUGCACGUGCAUGACUGACUUCAGAUCUCAAAGUUGAGGGCGUUCUGAAGCCGACCACUCCUUGAUUUGUCGUGGAUAACUUAUUUAAGUAAAAUGCAGGGUCUAGGCUUCUUUGCUACUGUUGCAGACAAACACUCAAAUGCAGAGCAGGUGCAGAUGUUUACAGUAAAUGGUUUGUAUUUAUAUAGCACUUUUCUAGUCUUGGCCACUCAAAGCUGCUUCAAACUAGAGUUUUGUCAUUCACUCACACGUUCAUACAGAGCAUCUAUGUGCAGCUCAUUUUCUAUCACUCAUCUUUCAGAACUUUGAAAAGCAGGAAACUGAGCGAUGUUGCCAUCACUCAGUUUCCGAUGUUGCCGUAGAUGGUCUGAUUGUGCAUACAUAAAUUGUGUUCAAAAGGUUAAGGUUGAACAUUUCUUCAGUGGCCAGAUUCUCACCUAAAUUGAAUUUAGAAACAUAUGGAAUGAUCGUAUUGAUCUAUGAAAAAGUGUAGACAGGAAGUUUCUAACAGAAGGACAAAUAAACAGAGGUAACAUGGAGCACAGAAGCACAUGACUACAACUAAAACAUUAGCUAGGAGGUCCCUAAUUGAACUAUACAAUGAUGAUCAGAGUGAGAGCUCCUCACCUAAUGCAUGCAGAUAUGGUGGAACUGAACUGUAAGUGUUCACUUUUAUUUAGAUCUGACUUUGUCUACUUUACUUUCCAUUGGGUUUGUCAUUGUCUUGCAAUAUAUACCCUUUUUACUUGUUUAUAUUUAUGGGGUUUUAUUUAUUUAUAUAUAUAUUUUUGUUGGUGUGUUUGAUU